UUGCCCUCUCAAAACUCACAAAACAAGAACCCUUCACGUUCUUUAACAAUCUUGCAGAUUUAAGCUCUUAAAAAUCUCUCUUCUCAAAAACAAAUCUAGAGUUUGUUGAUUUUGUUAUUGGUUUUGCCUUUUUGUCCUAUAAAAAACCAAUCUUGAUUUGUUUCUUGAACAGUUUAGUUUGGAGUUUGAGAAAGAGGGAGUUUUUGAAGGAGAUUAGUUUUUCAAGAUUUCAUAUAAUUUAUUGACAAGACUGAAUGAUCCAUGGAGUCUAAAGGUGGCAAGAAGUCUAGUAGUAGUAGUAGUAGUAAAUCCUUAUUGUACGAAGCACCUCUCGGCUACAGCAUUGAAGACAUCAGACCUGCCGGUGGAAUCAAGAAGUUCCGAUCUGCUGCUUACUCCAACUGCGUUCGGAAGCCAUCCUGAGAUUUUCCAAGUGUUGACAUAGCCCCUUUUUAGCUCUUUCAUACUGUCUGUUGUCUUUAGUCUUUUUUUCUUUUCUGCUUUCCUCGUUCUCUCGCACUCUUUUCUGCACUUGUCAUCUGUUUACUGUGAGGUGAGAUGGCACAGCCGGUCUCUGCAAUCGGAUUUGAAGGUUACGAAAAAAGGCUUGAAAUUUGCUUUUUAGAGCCUGGCUUCUUUUCUGACCCUGAAGGAAAGGGCCUCAGGUCUCUGUCCAAGGCUCAAUUGGACGAGAUUCUCAAACCAGCUGAAUGCACUAUAGUUGAUUCGCUUUCAAAUGACGAGGUUGAUUCGUAUGUUCUGUCGGAAUCCAGUCUCUUUGUAUACCCUUACAAAGUUAUCAUCAAAACUUGUGGGACUACUAAACUGCUCCUUUCGAUCCCAGUGAUCCUUGAGCUCGCUGAUGCCCUUUCACUCACUGUAUGUUCUGUGAGGUACACUCGUGGGAGCUUCAUAUGUCCCGGGGCUCAGCCAUUUCCGCAUCGUAACUUCUGUGAGGAGGUAACUGUCCUCGAUGGCCAUUUCAGUAAAUUUGGUUUAGAGAGUGUGGCAUAUGUGAUGGGAAGUCCCAACUCAACUCAGAAAUGGCAUGUUUACUCUGCUGCUGCUGGUAUGAAGAGCCAUUCUGGCCCUGUUUACACGCUGGAAAUGUGCAUGACUGGUUUGGACAGGAAGCGAGCAUCUGUUUUCUACAAAACACACGCCAGUUCAGCUACUGUGAUGACUGAGGAUUCUGGAAUAAGGAAGAUCCUUCCGCAAUCUGAGAUCUGCGAUUUUGAUUUUGACCCUUGUGGUUACUCUAUGAAUGCCAUUGAAGGGAGUGCAAUUUCCACAAUCCAUGUCACCCCAGAAGAUGGUUUCAGCUAUGCAAGUUUUGAGGCUGUGGGUUAUGAUUUUCAAGAUUUAAAUUUGAGGCAGCUGCUUUAUAGGGUUUUGGUUUGCUUUGAACCGACCGAGUUCUCCAUUGCAUUGCAUUCUAAUGUUGAGUGUGACGAACUUGGAGCGAUGUUUUCCCUGGAUGUGAAAGGUUACUCUUGUGGAGGGGGGAACUAUGAAAUGCUCGGGAAGGGUGGAUCGAUUGUCUACCACAGCUUUGCAGCGACUGGAGGCUGCUCAUCUCCCAGGUCAAUCCUGAAAUGUUGUUGGAGUGAGGAUGAGAAGGACGAGGAAGCUGAAGAGAAGUAGUUCUUUUCAGCAAUGUUUUUUUUUUUCUUUGUUUACUUGAUGUCAUGGGGUUAUGAUUCUGAGUUUUAGAGGCAUUUGUCCAUGCCUUGAGUCUUUCAUUACAAUUUAUUUCAUGUCUUGCUCAAUAACGGGUUCUGGUUGUCAGGCCUUGAAGUUGAAAACAAGUGUUCUAUAAUUUCAAGUGUAUGCUAUAUUUGUGUUGGUGCUA